AGCAAAAUCGUAAACAAAACGACUAGGCUAAUAAACACGUGUUUUCUUCAGAGAAGAAUAUCAUUUUCUUUAGGAUUUACAACAAAAAGUUGGUGCAAUGAGUAGUGAACAGUUCCGAGAGAUCGUGGAGAAUAUAUUCAACAGGUGGACAGCACUGAGGCUUGCUGUUGAACAUGGAAUGGGUGGUCGAAAUGGUCAUCAAAAAGCCAUUGAUUUGAUGAAUCAUACCUUUGAUUACUGCACUCAGCCAAAUACUCCGUCACCUGAGGACUUGCAGGACGCUUUGGAUGACUAUUUGGACCAGGAAUUCCAGACGAUCUGCGAUGACAAUUCGUCUCAGGAAAUAAGUCACUUUCUCAUAAAAUAUCUCAACAUGUUCAAGUCCGGACAAUUGACUGAGAUUGCCAGUGAACUGGCACAGCUUCCUGUAGCAUCAAUCUGGCUGCAUCCCAGCCACAAGAUCACUUAUGUUGCCGUGGAAAACUCCUCUUCAGAGUCAGAAGAUGAGGAGAAUCCACAGCAAAGCCAGCAAAACGGUUUCACAGUCACAGAUCUUCCUGCGGGCUUCGCUCCAAGUGCUAGCGGUGCCUCCAUGGCGAUUCAGGAGGAAGACAUGGAGCCCGGAUGGACAAAGGUCACAUCCAAGUCACGACGGAAACAUUGAGUGGCAGAAAUUUAAUUGUAAUAUAU